AUGUACACACCAUUUGCAGUCAUGUUAAAAGUCCUUUAUAUUUUUUCUCUCUUCUUCUUUUCAGGAUAUGCCAACAUAUUCUCAAAUCCUUUUCAUAAAUUAUUUCCAGAUCGUGUUUCGACAUUUGAAAAUGGACUGAAACCCAAAAAAAUCUCCAAACUGGAGUCUGAAAGCAAAGCUAUAAGUGCUGAUAAAACAGAUUACAAUGGCAAUUGGGAGCUGGUAACCGAUAAUUCAGGUGUCUCAGCUAUGCAUGUCAUCCUGCUUCCCAAAAUUAACAAGGUACUAAUGUACGACGCCACCGUUUGGAGGAUAUCUAAGAUCCAGUUGCCUCCUGAGAAGAUGCCUUGCCAUCUUGUUAACCCCGAAAAGAAUGAGCGAGACUGUUGGGCACAUUCAGUCCUAUUCGACAUUGAAACAUCUCAGCUGAAAGCACUUAAGCUUGAAACCGACACAUGGUGUUCAUCAGGAGGACUCACAGUAGAUGGAAACUUGGUUAGCACUGGAGGCUAUGGAGGCGGAGCUAACACUGCGAGAUAUCUGACCUCAUGUGAUACAUGUGACUGGAAAGAAUACCCAACAGCGCUUGCAGAUCCUAGAUGGUACUCAACACAGGUAACAUUGCCUAAUGGUACCUUCAUUGUGGUUGGUGGGCGAGGUGCCUUUAGCUAUGAAUAUAUUCCACCAGAAGGACAAUCCAAUAAGAAAUCCAUCUUUCUCCCCUUACUGAGAGAUACCCUUGAUAAUCUGGAUUUAGGCCGAAAAAAUGUGUUUAGAAUUGAGAAUAAUUUGUACCCUUUUGUCCACCUCUCUCCCGAUGGUAAUAUAUUUAUAUUUUCCAACAAUCGUUCCAUCUUGCUCGAUCCCAAUACUAACAAAGUUGUUCAUGAGUUCCCUGUUCUUCAUGGUGGAUCCCGUAACUACCCGGCAUCAGCAAUGUCUGUGAUUCUUCCUAUAAAAUUGCACGUGGGUACAAAGGUAAUCAAUGCUGAUGUCUUGAUUUGUGGUGGGGCAAAAUGGGAUGCAUUCUAUUACGCAGAAGCUAAAAAACAAUUCAUGCCUGCAUUACAAGAUUGCGGAAGAAUAAAAAUCACAAAGAAGAAUGCAGUUUGGAAGACUGAAAGGAUGCCAUCACCUCGUGUAAUGGGUGACAUGGCUAUUCUUCCAACUGGAGAUGUGCUAAUGGUUAAUGGUGCAAAAACAGGUACAUCAGCUUGGCAUGAUGCAGAGGAUCCCAACUUAAUCCCCGUGCUAUAUAAGCCUAAAGGACCUAGGGACCAAAGGUUUAAGGAGUUAGCUGCAUCUACAAUUCCAAGAAUGUAUCAUUCAUCGUAUGCGGUACUACCAGACGGAAAAGUUCUUAUAGCAGGUAGCAACACUAAUGAUGGGUAUGUAUAUAAUGUCAAGUAUCCCACGGAGCUUAGGGUUGAAAAAUUCUCGCCUCCUUAUUUGGAUCCUUCAUUAGCUUGGUUAAGACUAGAGAUCAUAGUUCAAUCCUCGGAUAAGGUGAUCUCGUAUGGCAAGAGCUUCUCGGUACAAGUGAAGUCAAAGGAGAUGUCAACAGUACUAAACAUGCAUGAUAUCCGAUUGUCCAUGUAUGCACCACCGUUCACCACACAUGGUAUCUCAAUGAACCAAAGGCUCCUCAUCUUAGGUUUGGUAAAUGUGGAUAACAAUGUUGGCAAUGGAAUUCAUACCAUUGUAGCAGAGGCACCGCCAUCUGGUUCUGUUGCUCCUCCUGGUUAUUAUCUUUUUUAUGUCGUUAAUAAAGGAGUGCCAAGCAUUGCAAUGUGGAUCCAGAUCAAGUAA